UCCAUAGGACCCUGCUGUGCAGUUUCCUGGUUCUCAGUUCACAAGAAAGACUUGCCAGCUACCAUAUUAGAAUAUUUUUGGCAGACUCCUCCAUAGGACCUUUCUGUGUAGUUUCCUGGUUACUGUCUGCUUUUGGAUAUGAGUGCUUCUACUUCAGGAACCUAUGAUGACAGCGCAUACUGAACUUCUUCAUGGUUUGCAGAACAGCAAAGUUGAAAACGAUCUGGAGUGCUGUAAGAUAACCGAGAUUACCCUUCUUGCUAGAUAUAUUUGUUCGAUCCAUACUUUGAUCUUCGGUGCUGGUUCCAUCAGUUGUUAUGUUUGUGCAUCAAAGCAUUGAAAAAGAUGUCUUUGAACCAUUGGUGGCACGUGUUACUGAAAUUGGACUUCGCUUUUUUGGGACUGUGAGCUCUCCUGAAACUGAUGAAAGGGGUAUUACAAUGCAUGACCUUCCAGCAAAGAUUAGAUGGGAAGUGCAACAUCUCGAAGAAUUGUUUGAGGGGAUCAAGGAAGACAAGGAUGAGGUCUAUAAGGUUAUUAUGUCUGUUGGCACGGCAGUCUCAGAGUGGCAAAGAAGAUUGGCAAUAGCAUACCAAAAUGAGUCUGGAGCUCCAGAACCUUUUGAGGGAAUGAAAUGGGCAUUUGAUCAUCAUGAGGGGUGGGUCGAGGAUGAUAACAUACUGGGAGCCAGUAGUGAGAUAGUUGAUUUUGAUGAACAUGAGCUCUUUGAAUCACUGAGAUACCUGAAGACCGUAGAAGGUGGUUCAGAAGCUCGUCUCCUGGAGAAAAUCAAGAAUGUGAUGCAGUGCAUCAAUGAUUAUUUUGCCACCGUGAGAUCAAGAAAGGAAGCAGCCAAUAGGAGUUUGUGUAUUGUGGAGCAUGUCUUUUCCCCAGUGUUGCAAAUUAUAGAAACCAUCGAUCAUCUAGUAUCAGAAGCUACUGCGCGCAGAGAUAAAUCUCAGAACUACAAGUUCCUUGCCAAGAUUGACGAUGAAGUAAAAUGCUUGCAGGAUGCACUAUCUGUGAUUGAUAGAAAUAAGAAAGAGGUUGAGGAAAGCUUUAGAACGAUGGAAGAUCACAUCUUGCCAUUAUUGGAACGCUUUAAAGCCACAUGCAAUGAUCAAUCGGAAGAUCUGAGCUUCCUAGAUGAGAUCAAACAUGGAGUGAGCCACUUGGAAGAUGUACUUGGCAUGAUUGAGCAGAAGAAGGAUGGAAAUGCUAACUUCAGCAUUGUCAAUGCAGCCUUCGUGCCAUUGUUGACAUGUUUGAGCACCUUCAGGCACCUCUCAUUGGAAGCCUUAGCUCAUGAAGAUAAAUCAGGCGCUUUCAUUCUAUUGGAUAGUAUCAGAGAUGAGUUGUCACAGCUCAAGCAUGUACUCCAGAAGGUCCAGGAAAAAGAGAAAGGCAUAUACAGUAACUUUGAUGCAAUUGAGCAACAUAUUGAUGAGCUUUUUGAGGGACCUAUGCUAAAUUCUGAAGGCUCAUUAAGACUUAGGCAGAUGGGUGGUCUUCGAGGAAAGCUCCAUGCAAUUCAUGAACAGAUAACAAAUAUAUGGGGAAAGGUGAAUGACUCUUUCAAGGUCCAGGAAGUCUCUAGCGAAUUGAUGGCCAUAAGGCAAGAAGUUUCAUCUUCUCAUCAACUCUCAGCAGCAGAUACAUUCUGCAGUACCAGGGAAAGUGUGCAGAUGUGUCAGAUCAAGGUUAUCAUUGAUGGACUGGAGACAAGGUUGAGACAGUGCCUUCUAUGCCUUGUUGUGUUCCCAGAGAAUGCAGUCAUCAAGAAGAGGCUGCUAAUUCAUUGGUGGAUUGGAGAAGGGUUCGUAAGUUCAGUUUCCGAGGGGAAGAAUUUCUUUAAUGAAUUGCUUAUCCCUAAGGGGUUCAUCAAGCCAGUAAAUAAAUGCCACUGCGACAAAGUCCACAGGUGCAAGGUACAACCGUGGAUCCGUGGACUAUUGAUCGAAGUUGCAAAGAGCACAGCAUUUGUUGAACUCAAUUCUGACGGCAGCUCCAAGAAUGACUUCAGCAGAACCCGUCGUGCAUGUUUGCAUGGUGGAAAGAUCCUUACCAGUUUCCGCCAUGAUGUGCUGACGGUUUACAAUAUUAAGCAACAAUAUGUGGAGUUAGACAAGACAUGGUUUUCUGGAAAGGCACGUUUGAGCACUGUGCAGUUAGGACGAUGGGAGGACUCAAAUUAUGACCCUCAGGGACAUCAUGUAGAGUUGAACAAUAUUGAGUUCCUAAAGCAGGUCAAGUCCUGCAAGCAAUUGAAGUACCUGAGCUUCAGAGGGAUAUCGAGAAUCGAGGCCCUUCCAACCUCGGUUGGAAAGCUCACAAGACUUGUCAUCCUUGAUCUCAAAGCAUGCCAUAAUCUGGAGGAUCUACCCAAGCAGAUAGCAGAACUAGUGAAGCUGGAGUACUUGGACGUUUCUGAAUGCUACUUGCUGUCAGGUAUGCCUAAAGGGCUAGGCAAGCUUGCUCAGCUUGAAGUUCUCAAGGGGUUUGUUCUGGCAAACACUAGGAGCAAACACCCCUGCCAUCUCAAUGAACUUGCCACACUGACAAAAUUAAGGAAGCUGAGCAUCAGAAUAGGCAACAGCAUAGACAGUGAUCAGUUUGAGAAACUUGGCAACUUUUCUGUUCUCCGGUCACUCACGCUUACUUGGGGAGCCGGGACACGCUCAGCGCUUGCUAUACAUGAUGUCACCACUCCAAGAUCAAGCCGCGCUGCUGCUGCUCAUGCAAUGCCUCGUGUUCUCCCCUUGGGUCUUGUGAAGCUGGAGAUUUGUUGCUUCCCACUAGCAGAGUUCCCUUGCUGGAUUAGCCCUCCAGAGCUGAAAAACUUGAAGAAACUCUACAUAAGAGGAGGUAUUAUCAGUGAUCUAGGCGAGGGCAAGUGCUGGGAGGUCACUGUGCUUCGGUUAAGGUUCCUCAAACAUCUCAAUUAUGCAUGGGCUGCACUGUACCAAGCAUUCACAAAACUCCAUUUUCUGGAGGUGCAUGAGUGUGGGAACCUAGAAACCUGGCCUGACUGUCAGAAAGGCCUGUGGAGAAAAGAGCCAAAUGGAAGGUUCACGUCUAUAUUAACCUGAACGCAAUGUUAAUCUUAAAGGCAUCAUAUUCUUGGAAUCUUGGUAACAGCCAACUGGCGGUGUUUCUCUACGUCUUGAACCAUGGCGGUGUUUUAGUGUUGUUGUGUCCGAGGCAGCGACACUUCUAAAGUAACUGUGAGGUGACUUUCAGGCCUCUGCUUUCAUCUUUCUACAGGCUGCAUCGAGAUCUUGGUGUCUCGACUGGAAGGUCUAGUGAUGUGUUAUGAUCCCAGCCAAGGCUUCUUCUUCAGUUACGCCUGUCGUGGAGUUUGCUGAAGGAGACAUCGAAGCAGCUGAUACAGAGGAGGCAAUUGAUACUGGGCCCAAUCCAGUUGGCCCACUCAAGACAUCCAAGCGAGCCGUGUACCCUCCAAGCGUUACUCUGGGCUGGAUUGGACCAAGUGAUAUAUUGUCGGGGUUGGCUUCGGUGGGAAUUAUCGAAGAGAUCGCUGAACGAACUGGCUCUCUCUCUCUCGCCUACCUGCUCUCCUCAUCUUUACCUCUGUAUCUCCUCUCAUCUAGACUAUUCUUGUAUCGGAUCUGAGUUGGUGUAUUGCUACUCGAGUUCUGUAAUAGCAAAGGUAUCUCGGAUCGUAACAUGAUGGAGUUUGUUGUAAAUUCCAGUUUGUACCCCCAAAGAUCCCAUUUAUGACAGUGAGUACCCCAUUUAAGAAACU